AUUUUUACUUUCACUUAAGCUAAUCAGUAAUGGGUUUGGAAAAUAAAAUUUGAUUGACAAAAUAGUUGCUGAAGAUAUGGAAGAGAUGGAGAACAAAUUGCUCAAGACACGGCACUCACUUGGUGUGUUAUGCAGAACGUGAAUUGAGAAUCUCUUCAGAACAAAACCCACAAAGACAAAAUGAUGAUGCUUUCGGUAAAACGGACUGAUAAACAGGACAAAAAUCAUAAGCUUUAUAGGGUGCUAAACAUGUUUAUUGGAAGCAUAAUCUUCCACAGUUAUGUCACCCUGGAAAAUGUUGGUUACAGAAUCCCACCUUCUUAAAUACCUCUCACCUGUCCUCUUUCAUUUCAAUUUCUAGCAACUCUGUCUCUACCCCAGUGAGUUUUACUGUUGGAACAACCAAAAAAGUAAAAAAAAUGGAGAUUUCAAGGAUAUUCUUGGGUUCUUUGGACUUCGUUCUUCUGGCUUCCUUGGUGGUUGUUCAUGGAGACCCUCUUGUUCCUGCUCUUAUAAUCUUCGGGGAUUCUGUAGUUGAUGUGGGAAACAAUAACAACCUCGUUACACUAGUCAAGGCAAACUUUCCUCCAUAUGGAAGAGACUUUGUUACUCACAGACCAACUGGGAGAUUCUGUAAUGGAAAGCUGGCCACAGACUUUACCGCUGAGUACCUUGGAUUCUCGUCGUAUCCACCCGCUCAUCUGAGCCAAGAAGCAAGGGGCAAUAACCUUUUGACAGGUGCCAACUUUGCCUCAGCUGCUUCUGGUUACUACGAUACCACAGCCCGGUUAUAUGGUGCCAUUCCACUGACCCAGCAGCUGAGUUACUACAGGGAGUAUCAGAGUAAAGUGGUGAAUAUGGUGGGAAGAGAUAAAGCCAAUGCCAUAUUCGCUGGUGCUAUCCACCUUCUAAGUGCAGGGAGUAGCGAUUUCAUUCAGAAUUACUACAUCAAUCCCCUCCUUAAUGGAGCUUACUCACCCGAUCAGUUUUCUGAUAUCAUCCUUGGAUCAUAUUCUACUUUCAUUCGGAAUCUGUAUCAAUUGGGUGCAAGACGGAUUGGCGUGACAAGCUUACCGCCAACUGGAUGUUUGCCAGCAGCCAUUACCCUAUUUGGAGGAGGAAGCAACCAGUGCGUUGCAAGGUUAAAUCGUGAUGCAGUUUCCUUCAACGAUAAACUAAACAGCACAUCUCAAACUUUGCGGAACCUUCCAGGUCUCAAGCUUGUGGUCUUUGAUAUUUACCACCCUCUUUUGGAUAUGAUCUCAAGGCCCGAUGAUAAUGGGUUUUCCGAGGCCAGAAGGGCUUGCUGUGGAACAGGUACAAUAGAAACCUCCCUGCUCUGCAACUCCAGAUCUAUAGGAACAUGCUCUAAUGCUACACAGUACAUAUUCUGGGAUGGAUUCCAUCCCUCUGAAACUGCCAAUGAGGUCUUGGCUGGUAAUCUACUUUCACAAGGUUUUGAUCUUAUAUCCUGAAACUAGUUCUACAGGUGGAGUUUAUCACUACUCUACCGUCAUUAAUCUUAUAAUGUUAUAUAUAGCAAGAAAAACUAAGGUCAUUAAUCUAUUUUAAUCAUCUUCUUUCCUCCGUUCGAAACAUAUCUGUUAGUUUGUUGGCCGUAAUUUGAUAAUUUGGUUUCCUUAUGGAAUAAUGUUUGCAAGCCUCCUUAGCAAAUACAUGAAAGAAGGAUGUAGAUGCUGCUCUUUUCUAUUGAAGUUGAUAUGUUUUGAUCCUUGUCUUAACAA